CUGCAGAUUAUAUCACUCGUGCGGGCGGUUAGACCAUUAGGGGCGCUUUUUGCUUUGCUUUGCUUCUAUACUUGGGAACAAAUGUAUGUAUGUAACCCUCCUAGUUUCUAGACAGGGAUGAUGGGUCAGUCUGUUGUGAUCAUCAUGGCGUUUCGAGAUAUGGGCGGUCCCGCUCUCCGCUCGCUGCCAAGUUAGGGCUGUUGGGGACAAGCUUUUAUAUGGAUGUCAUCCGUCCACCUCCUGAGGGUUCUGAAACUGGACGAAAGAUUUAAAGAUUUAGAGUAUCGCUUUGGUCUGCGCUGGGUUGGUCAGAACCUUAGCGAUCCUUUGUUUGAUCCUCUUAUACUUCUACCCUGGGUCGAGUCAGGCUGUCUCUCUCCUCUCCUUCAUCGAUCAUUAUACUCUAUCAUCGAUUCUUUAAUAUACAACAAUGGCAAGCAUCAUCCCCCGCCCUCUCAGCCGCUUCCGCAAGCAAGACUCCUCGGAUCGAGAUCGCCGUCUUCAUGAACGAUGGGGCGAUGUAUCCAUCUCUGCUCCUACAGGUGGCUCGUGGAAUCAGUUCUCUACCCCUCAUCAUCAACCACCAACCCACCACCACCACAGUGGUGCAUAUGGCCCAGGCUAUGUGUCGGAGCAACAUGCUGCCCCCAGCAGAAGCAACAGCAACAGCAACAGCAGCAACAACCGACUAAGCACCUUCAACCCCCGCCGUCUCUCAAUGCGCCUCGCUCCCCGCAGCAAGACCCCCACCCUCACAGAAAGUGAUGAACUCCCCAGCCCAACAGGCUCCUGCCACCCGCUCAUCGAGCGGCGUCCGGAUUUUGCCUACCGUCCUAUCCAUCAGGAUUAUCCCGCCGAGGUGGCGUCAACCACUACACACAGAAUGAGUCUCGAGCCGUCGCAGCGGUUCCGUUAUAUUCCUGCCACUGCGCAGUCUACCCGAUCUUCUUCUGCAGGACGCGCAAGUGUGAGGGAUAGUGUGCAGACUGUUUGGCCGGAGGAGUAUGCGGAUAAAGCGCCGCGGUGUCGGGAGAGUGUUUACUAUGGGGAUAGUGAUGAGGAUGAUGAUGAUGGAUCUCGUCGGUCGGAGUAUAGAGGUAGUGCGGACUAUAGUCGGCGGUUUAGUGUGGGUGUGAGUGAGAAGAAGAAGAAACGGGCUACGAGGACGUUGACGAUGACUAUGGUUCCUGAUUCGGAUGAUAUUUAUGGAUGAUUUACUUUGUUUUAUUGCUUGGUUGGGAUUUGUUGGUGCAUUAUAGGAGUUAGAGCGAAUGUUGGGAUACUAUGAUAUGAUAUUAUUGAGCGGAUUAAUGAUGAAUUAAUGACACUGG